CCUCCUUCCCCUUCACGCAGCCGGCCCCCGGGGCGCGCGCCGCCCAGCGAGGAGACGGGACGCGGGAGGCGCAGAGCCUCUCACCCCCGGGACACCAUGUACCGCCCGAGCCGGGGGACCGCCCGGCGCCUCGGGCCCUGCCUCCGCGCCUACCAGGCUCGAACCCAGGACCAGCUUCCUCCUCGGGCUCUACCAUUCCCACCCCUCUGGCCCCACGCCUCCCCACCCCCUUAUCCAUCCUUCCCUCUCCCCUGGUCACUCACACCCCCACGUCCUCCCACCCACCGUCUUCCUCAGGCUCUCCCCCCACCUCUGUUUCAGGUCCAGGCUGUCAAUUCGUUGUGGGUGGUUCUUCCUGUGGGAAAGGGGGAGGAGGGACCAGGGCCCGAGUUGCACAAUGGCUGUCUGGAUGGACUCAGGAGCCUUUUUGAGGGACCCCCUGGCCCCCACCCUGGGGCUUGGCUACCUUUCCAAGCUCCCGGAGCUCCCCACCCUUCCCCUGCCACCCCAUCAAGAGAUCAGAAUAUGGAGGAGCACCUGGCUGUCAUGCAUGAGAAACUGAGGCAAGAGCUCCCUACCCUCUUCCUUCGCUCCCAUGACUACACCCUGUAUUCUACGGACGUGGAGUUCAUCAAUGAGAUCCUGAACGUUCGUACCAAGGGCCGGACAUGGUACAUUAUGUCCCUGACCCUUUGCCGCUUCCUGGUUUGGAACUAUUUUGCACAGUUUCGGUUGGAGAUUCUACAGCUGACCCGCCACCCCGAUAACUGGACCCUGCAAGCCCGCUGGCGUCUAGUAGGUCUGCCCAUACACAUGCUCUUCAUGCGUUUCUACAGGCGCGAUAAAGAGGAUCUUUACCGGACCUUUGAUGCCUAUUCCACCUUCUACCUGAAUUCCAGUGGCCUCAUUUGCCGCCACCACCUAGACAAGCUGACACCUUCGCACUCUCCAUCAACGCCUGUGAAGAAGCUGCUGGUGGGAGCUCUGGUGGCCCUGGGGCUGUCAGAACCAGAGCCCCGCUUACACACGUGUUCCAAGGCCUGAUCCAGACCUGGGGGAGGCGUCACUGAAGACUUCGAUGCGCACAAGAGGAGGCGGAGGUGGACGAGAAUGUCGAGAGCCGGCCACCUCCCUCCGCUCCCUUUCCUUUCCCAUCUCAUGCUGUGUAAAGCUGCUGUGUAAUUUAAUUUGUAAAUAAUAAAGUUUAAGCACGAUGA